GUCCGCUAUCGAGUCUGCUGAGAAGGACCACGAACUCAACCUCCAGAGCGUGUCUGCGGAGAAGGAAAAAUAUUUCCGAGCCGUCCGACGACUUUUCACCACGUUGGACCAGAAUUCUGAUGGAGGCAUCACCAAGAAUGAGUUCGAACAAGCUUGGGACAAUCCUGUGUUGCAGACAGUCUUCGAUGCCCUGGAGAUUAGUGCUAGUGAUGCUUGGCAGCUCUUCACUGAGCUCGAUCAGGACGGAAGCGGCGAAGUCGAUGUCGACGAGUUUCUUGAAGGCUGUAUGAUGCUCAAGGGGCCUGCUCGGUCGAUCGAUGUGGUUCGCAUCAAGAAG